AUGAGCAUCACUUGCGACGAGCUCCCUCCGGCGUCUGUCGAGGAGGGUGGCGACUGGUACGGCGAUGUUCCUGUCGCACCGGCCUUGGAGUGCGCCCCAGCAUGGCAGCAGAAUUCGCAGGGGGCCUGCAACACGCUUGCACGUAACAUAAAGACCAAUGCUCAAUAUGCUGCCGACCCUGAAGCAACCCCUUUAUGGGUGAAUUGGAAGGAUAAUACCAAGUGGUUCACGGCCAAUGCCUGGAACGAGAUCACUACGUACCCAUAUGCUAUCCCUCAAGCAGAGGGUAUCUCCGCAGAUCAAUGGGGCAUUGAUGAGACCGGUGGCUGGCUCCAGAGACGCAGCUUUACGUACUGGAUUGCCAGUCCUUCUUCCGCGACCGACUGGAGUGUCUGGGGUGGUACUACUGGAUCAUGGAAAUUCAAAUCUUCUGCAGGAACCUCUACUGACGCCAUAAAUGUCAUCUGCGCCAUAAAUCUGUGGGACCAACCCCAAGGAUACGGUCUCAUAGAUGAGGAUUUCAAUGCCUAUUGUUAUAGUGGCACUAGUGACGGUGUAUUUGACAAGAUUGUCACAUAUCCCAAGCUGAGCCGUUGCCUCGUUACUCUCGGUGCAACCGUCGCCACCCGCGACCAGGUUGAUGUUGAAAAGAAUCUUAGCUCUCUCUACGGACGUGUCAUUACAAACAUUACCAUGCUCGAUGAUGACGAUGAUGACGACCUAACGGAGGCUAUGCAAACGCUCGAUAUACAGGAUGUAGAUAAGGUUCCAACCCUUCCACUCGAUAUCCUCGAGACAAUUUGA